UACAAAGUAAUAAACAGCACCAUGAUACGGUAUAAGGUGCUGUCUAGAGAGUAUUCUAAAUGUAAUAACACACGUGUAUGAACACACACCGUGCUUUACUUUUCGUUUUUCUUCUUGUCCUAUAAUUGAUACCGCUCCCCUGAGAGCAACCGCGGGAAGCAUUUCCAGUGUCGAGGUCGCAAAAUGUGAAAGGGGCCCUUUUUGGAUUUGUGUGAUGUUGGUGAACUUUACAGUUUAGGUAUUGAUGUUGUUUUUUAACGUCGAAUUUCGAACGUGAUAGCAAUACGCAUUUGACGUGGCCGUGCUGGAGCGUGACGCAGGGACGUACGCUUGUCGUGUGCAAGUGGCGCGUGAGGUGUUGGGUGAAUUUAGUGCUGCAUGUUAUCCCCGGAAGAACAUUGCAGUAAAGUUUUAUACAAUAAAACAUGACUUUAUACUUCUAAAAGCAUGAAGUUAACAUGAAACACACACUGGAUUUGUAUGAACACAGUCACACAGUCAGUGUUGGGUCUGGAAUUAACAAACAAUAUACUGUAUGCAUAAAACACCAGUCAUUCAUUCUGUUUUGCAAACCAAAAUAAACUCACCCACAUGGAGUUCCCAGGUCGAAGGCGGCCUAGUCUUGGCACUCCGACCCUGAGGAGAAGAAUGGAUCGCAUGGUCCCUUUCUCAGAACGUCGGACAUCCAAAGUGUGGGACCACUACACCCAGCUUAGUAUACAUCGAGUUGAGUGUAACCACUGCAAGAGGCAGCUGUCCUUUCACAACAGCACCACCUCGAUGAGAGAGCACUUGGGACGGAAACACAGCAUUCGUGACGGAGCGGUCCCACCUCCGAACACAGCCGAUGUCCCAAACCCGUCCGGGUUGCAUCAACACCUGGCUGAGUCCACUUUACUUAAUAACAGGUUCCCAACAUCUAAUGCGGCAGCAGACGUGCCUACGGGGUCUUUUCAGCCGGUAGUACCUGUUAUUGUUAAAGAGGAGCAGCAUGAGGAACUAUCAGUCGAGGCAGGUGAGGCCAAACAUAACUGCACGACAUUUGUGCCUGGAUCCGCAGGAGGAGUAGGCACGUCAAAUGCUAAUUCACUUCCCAGCCAGGACUUGGAACAAAAUUACAGGUUUUCUCCAGAUGACCUUCACACCACGCUCAACAACAGUGUCGGCAGCAACAACAAUGGCAAUAGGAUUUGCAGUGAUAAGCGAGCUGGACUUUUCACAGAUCUUAUCUUGGAAAUGGUUUAUAGGGACCUGCAACCUUUCUCAGUGGUAGGAGAGAGAGGAUUUAAGCUCUUGCUUAGUUGCCUUGAACCAAAUUAUCCCAUUCCAUCACCUUCUUUGCUUGGGAAUCUUUUGUGGGAUCGAUACCACAAUUUCAAGCAAUGCCUUCAGCAGCAUCUUCGAACUGGCCUUGCUCCCCGCUGUCUGGCCAUUUGCACUGAACACUGGCGCUCUGUGGAAGGGUGUGGGGUUGAGGGAAGUGGCCAGUUCUACCUCACAGUCAGUGCACAUUUUGUUGACUCUAACUGGCAGCUGGCCCGCUGUGUUUUAGAUACUCGUCCAAUACCAGAAUACAAAGGCAACACCAACAACAGUGGGCCUUCUAAGUUUGCAUACAUAUUAAAAGCCGUUCUGUCAGAAUUCCACCUUCCUGAGAGUUAUGUGUUCUGUGUUGUUUAUGACACUCCCUGGGGUAUGGAGUGCAGGCGGCAGGGAAGCAUGACACUUGAUCAGGACUAUCAGCAGCAAUUUCCUGGACCCAGUCAUGCUCCUAUGCAGUCCCUUCCAGAGGGCUGGGAACCAAUUCUUUGUGCAGGGGAGGCUCUCAAAAUCUGUGUCCAAGAGGGACUUUAUGUAGAGACAGUCAGACAGGCGCUUGCGGAUGCUCGGGGCAUUGUUCUGCACUUCCAACAUAAUGUUAACGCUGCAGCAGCUCUAAAUCAGAAAGCAGAGGCUGCCAAUAAAGGUGCAGCACGGCUGGUUCUGGAUGACCCAGGACGCUGGGCCACAGCCAUUGACAUGUGUGAAAGACUGUUGGAGCUUAAAUGGGUAGUUAGCUCGGUGCUGGAAGAGCAAAAGGCUGCACCUAAUUUGGCUGAUCAUCAGUGGCGUUUAUUACACGAAUUAGUGCCGGUGCUAAGAACUGUACGCAUUGCAGCAGCUUUCCUGAGCGAGGACAUCAAUGCUUCGAUUUCUUCUUUAAUGCCAUGUCUUCAAGGUGUGUCUCGAAUCCUGGGGCAGAACAUGGCCGAGUGCAGGUGCCCCGUGGUCAGGGGCGUCAUGGAAAGGAUCCGUGCUGGAAUGGAGAAGCGAUGGAGACUGAGUGACGAGGAAUCUUUGCUUGACAGUCCUGCUGUACUGUCAUCGUUCCUGGACCCGAGAUUUAAGGAGAUGCGAUUUCUCAGCCCGCAUGCCCGCAGUAAGCUGCAUGACAAAGUCAAAGAGCUGUUAUCUGUUCAGGCUUACAGAGACGACAUUGAGGUGGACCAAGAUAUAGACCGGGGUUUGGAAGUGAGAGAGAAUGAGACUGCAGUGGAACCCGCUGUUAUGGGAUUGGAUGACCAAUUGCCAAUCCCCGCAGUAGCAUCAUUGGAUUCCCCUGAGUCAUGUGCCUCAUGCGCAGAAGAAGGUGACGGCAUCGAACUUCAGCAGAAUGAGAAUUUUGGAGCUGUCUCAUCUCCAGAACACAUGAAUGAAAAUAUUAUUCUGACAUCACCUUCCAAAGCGAUGACUGGGCGUAAAAAUGCAGCGAACGUGGCUGGACUGUCAUCUGCACUAACAUGUGAUAAGCAGCUCACCCCUCAAAUGCGAAUAACCCCUGUUCCUCAAAGCAUGUAUGACCUCCUUCUAGGAGAGGAUCCUACUGAACGAAUGCCUGAAAUCCAGCAGCAGCUGGAGAAUUACAUAGCAGAGCCUCUGUGCAAACGUAGCCUUUCGCCUCUUUACUGGUGGCGUAACAAAGAGCACCGUUUUCCCGCAGUGGCCCGACUGGCACGAAAAUAUCUUUCCAUCCCAGCUACUGCUAUUCCUGCUGAUCGUGCUUUUGCACCAAGGGAAUCGCCUGUGGCCCACAGGAGAGCCAUGCUAGGGCCCAAACAUCUUGACCAAGUAUUGUUUCUUCAUCAGAACUGUGAUUAUGUAGAACAGCUUAAGGGUGGACUUUCAGGACACCGAGAGAAUGAACGUAACAGUAAUCUGAGUGGGAACCAAAGUAGGGACAGUCUGUAUCAGACUUUAGUGUCCUAUGAUAAUAAGGUUUAAGUUGAAGAAUAGUGGCAAUUGCUGAUUUUUGACACCAAUCUCUCAAUGCACUCUUGUAAUACUGAAUUGUAUAAAAUGUAUUGAAAUCAGUACUUUAAGUCUUUAUUUUUAUCAAGUAUAUAUAUAUAGCUUUUUGGGGUUUGUCAUUGUAAAAACCCGAUCAAUAAGCAUUGACUAUUUUUGACAGUUUAACAGUUGUGCAGCUACUAAAACCUAUUUACAAUAACCACCGAAAUUGUCAUCGCAGAUUCAAAAUAAUGCCUAUCCAUAUUCCGUGGAAGAAAAUUAUUACACUACCUUUUUUUUAUUUAGUGUUUGGACUCUGGGAGUUCUGGAGAACGCUCUAGACAUUGUCCAGGAACUCUGGGGUAUUCUAUGUUAUGCUAAAUUUUAUGUGCCUGCUCAAUACCAUGUAAGUGAUAUGUGUUCAGUUACAGGGUACAGUCCUGGUGUAUUUUUCAUUCAAAUGAUCAUUACUCAAGUUUCAAAUGUGUGAUAAAAAAAAAAAAAGGAUUGCCAACUUCAUGCAUGCAUUAUAACAGUUCUUGUUUAUUUCAUGUACAAAAUGACAUGUUUUGUAACUUAAAUGUAACAGCUGAUCAAGAUGUAAUCCAUAAACUGCAUGUCAAAUUAAAGCUUGUAACAAACAA